AUGUUACUGUGUAUUGUUCUCAAAGUUCUGUGCAAAGUUAUCCUGAAUCGGAUACAGGAGAAGAUCGACGCGUCUCUCCGACGGCAACAGGCAGGAUUCCGUGCCGGAAGAUCUUGUGUGGACCAUAUUAUCACGCUCCGCAUCAUCCUGGAGCAGGUCAAUGAAUUCCGAGAGUCGCUUUAUUUGGUAUUCAUUGACUACGAAAAAGCUUUCGAACGUCUCAAUCACGAGAAUCUGUGGGGCGCCCUGAGACGCAAGGGAGUCCCGGAUAAAAUCGUCGACCUCAUCGAAGCGCAAUCACCGCAGCAGACAGAAUCGCAAAUCGACCACAUUUUGAUCGACGGAAGGCACUUCUCGGACAUUUUCGACGUCAGGACCUAUCGCGGUGCAAACAUCGAUUCGAACCACUACGUUCUAAUGGUUAAGGUGCGACAAAAAUGUUCCGCUGCCAACAACAAUCUGGAGCGACUGAAGCUGCCCGAAGUCGCAACUGAUUACGCGCAAUGCCAGAUGCCGGAUGAAGGAGAGCUAACUGAAGCCCCUCUUGAGGACUGCUGGAACAACGUGAAAGCAGCCAUUAACGGCGCUUCUGAAGGUGCCAUUGGGUUUGUGGAGUGUCAGACGGUUUUGGACGAGAAAAACGCAGCACGGGCGAGGAUGCUGCACCAAGGAACUCGUCAAAAUGUGGAGUGA